GUUGGUUGGUGGGUCUCCCCUUGGCUCACGUUUACUUUCAACUUUUUUUUUUUUCUGUUUUUUUCGUUUCCUGCCAUAAGUGUUCACACUUUAUUUCAGUCUUCACGGUCCAUAUUUUUGAUAUAGAAACAAGUCUCAUUUUUUUCAUUAUUCUUCUGGGAAAUACAGUCCAUAUAUCUUUUAGAUAAGGGUUCACUUCACUUGCAUAGUUGCAUUGAAUCAUUCUAAUCUAUCAAUUUUCUUUUAUGCCUCUUGAUACGGUAGUAAAUCUCCUCCAUAAUCCAUAGCCCUGAAAAGAAAAUAAAAAAAGAGCUCCUCCAGUAGCACUGCAAAUAGUUUUGGAUCGAAUUUCUUCAAUCUUACUAAAGAAAACCAAGUGAGCUGCCUGUUCCUAUAGUUACUCCUCUUCUUAAUUCUUGCUGGGAUAAUGGCAGCUGAAGUAUAUGAAUAUGAUGACAAUGACAGGUUCUCAUAUACGAGAAAAGCGGGAAUCGAGGUAUCCCGCGUAUAUGAUGACGGUUACCUGUAUUUGGAGGAGGAUCCAGUGGCAUGGAUUAUAAGCCACCCCGCUGCUGUUGAUCGUCUCUCUGUGCGAAUCUUGGAGUUGAGUUUGUUGCUGAAAGUCGUGGAGAAGAUAACAGACAUGAUAGGGGAGCUGUCUGAGCUCACUCACCUCUAUUUCUAUUACUGUAAAUACCUCAAAUGUGUGCCUGACACCAUCACAAGGCUGUCCAAAUUACAGUUGUUAAAACUGGUAUACUGUGGAGGUAUCAAGUCCCUUCCUAAUAGUCUUGAAAACUUAUCCAACUUGACAACUUUGGAUCUUUAUGAUUGCCCUUCCCUUACAGAAUUGCCUCCAAAUUUGAAUAUUGUACACCUCAUUAUUAAACGUUGCUGCAACAUCAAGGCCCUUCCUAUAGGUUUAAGCAAUCUAGACAGCUUACAUCUCGAACACUGUAGUCAUUGUCUUGCCAAUUUAAAGGACUCGAUCAACCUACGCCACCUCACCCUUUGGAGUUGCGAUUCUCAUUUUCCCGCUGACGUUAUAGAAUUUCCGGCAAAUUUGGAUGAGCUGCUACAAUUAUCUCUUGUCGAUAUCAAGGAUACAAAAGUCAGAUAUCUUCCUUGGAGCAUCACAAAGUUACUCAAUUUGCAGAUUCUAUGUCUCCCCUGGGAUUUUAUACUCGAAACACUGCCAUAUCAUUUGGAUGAUUCCAUCAUCAUUUCUAUAGACGAUUGUCACGUUCGCAAAACUUGGAAAGAACUCAAAACAGAGAUUGGAGUGAAAAAAUUGGGAACAGCAAUGUUUGUACCUUGGAACCCCUCUAUUCUAUCUCCCCCUGGUUACCUCCGGUCAGACAGCAACAAUAGACUACAUAUAUGGCUGCAGAAUAAUGAGCUUCUUCAACCGUUAGUGAAAUUCCUAAAUUUGAAAUUUUCGGAUGAUGAGGUGUUUGGAGAUCUCACAUCGCUGAAAGAGCUCACACAUCUCUAUAUUUCUUGUUCUGUAGACCUCCAGCACCUCCCUGACACACUCACAAAUAUUACCCAUCUAUCUCUUCAUCAUUGUUACACUGAUGAUUCAUUUAAGUCCUUACUCGAUAGCCUGGCAGAGCCAUCAAACUUGGUAUCUUUAGAUCUAAAUGUUAGGGAAACAUACUUGCUAUGGAACAUCCAUCAAUUCGUUAACCUUAAAUGUCUCACUGUAAGAUAUGCCAAAAGCGAGCCAUUAGUAUCUGAUAACUUGGAAAAGCUAUCUAAUUUAAAUUCCUUGGUUCUCUGCGGAUGUGGUGAUGUAUCAUUACCAACACAUUUGAAUCUCGCCAAUCUCAAGCUUGUUGAUUGCGUUGUCAAGAAUGUCAAUUUACUACCUACAAGUCUACAUCGCCUAGAAAUAUUGCAUAGAACAGGAUAUUGUCUUUACGGGGCUUGUCGUAUCGAUACGCCUAUAGCAUGCUUGAAUCAGUUGGUCAACCUAAAGACGCUCUCAAUAACAUGUUACAAGUACACUAGCAACCUACUUCCCAGCAUAGCAGGACUACGCAACUUGAAAGAAUUACAACUUAAGGAUUGUUUCGGCCUCAAAGAAUUACCCCCAGAUUUGGAUGAGCUAGUGGAAUUAUCCAUUCUCAAUAUCAGCGGUACCAGAAUCAAGUCCUUUCCUGAUUGCAUCACAAAGCUACAAAAGUUGAAACAUGUAAUCCUGCCCAAGUGCUUCAGAAAGGAAAAUUUACCCAAUAAUUCAAAAACAAAGUACAUCACUGAUGACACAGAUGAAGAAUACUACAAGCAUAGAGGCUAUUAUAGUAGUGAAUAUGAGACCUCAAAUAUAACCUCUGAUGAAAUUAAUGAGAUCACAGUAGUAGAUUCUGCAGAGAUAGCCGACAAAGUGGUUUCUGAAUAUUCACAGGAAGGCAUCAUUGCUCAGCAGAUAUCACCACACCAACUCCUGAGUAUACCUAAUGCUAAUCAGUUUCUUGGAGAUUAUUGUUUACUUGGUAGAAGCGACACAAUUGGCGAGAGUUCGCAAGAUCAAGAGAUAGAAACUUCAGGACUCAGUUCAGAUACACAUGAAAUGAAUAUAAGCAACCGGAUUUUUGAAACUGAAUAUGGGAUCCCAUCAUUGGAUUGGUACAUUUCUCCUUGUGUCGUGUUAAGAACAGCCAUCAUGCUUCAGAAUCUACACAGAGCAGGAAUAAUCCACAAAGUGAUGAUAAGCAGAGAAAGAGACAGAAGAAGGAGAUUAUUCAUGAGAAAAAUCCAUGUCUAAUGGAUAAAAAUACGACACAGGUGCACCUUGGCAAGGAGCUAAGUGAAUUAUAUCACAAUGGAGGAGAGGAUGCAGUUGAUGGGAUCAAUCACAAUGGAGGAGAGGAUGCAGUUUAUGAGAUCAGUCACAGCGCUUCUUGCGGUUCACCAGACCAAGACAUGGAGAAUAUGCCUGUAGGAAAUGAUAAAGAGUCAACAUCCACCAUAGUUGGCCGAGGGAGAGGUAAGAAAAUAGAGAUUAAAUUGACUAGAGAGGAACUUCAAUCAUACUGGUCCAGAAACAUGACGGUAGAAGAUGUUGCAGAAGAGAUAGGUGUGUCAAGGUCUACAUUUAAACGCUGGUUGAAGGCCUCCGAUAUUAAAUGGCAAUCAAGCAGAAUUUCGAAAAGUCAAUGUGCCAACAACAAGAAAACAAGAAUACCAAUACUGCAUCAUUCUCUGGAAGUAAACCUGCAGAGGUCAAUUGUCAUGAACAUGCACCUGAGUGUUUAAGUGAUGCAAAUGAACGCGUUGUCGUGAACAAUUUAAGCCUUGCUGUGACAAUGGACAUUGUGGAAGAGCCUGGAGUAGCAACGCGAUGCCAUAGCAAUGGUCGUGAACAAGCUUCUGACACUUUGGUGGGUACAAAUCAGGGUACUCGACAAGAGAGCCCAAAUUUAAGCAAAUUAAAGGUGAAAGCCACUUAUAAAAAGGAUGAUUAUAGCAUUGAGUUAUCUUCAACUCCUAGUUUCCAUGAACUGGAGAAAGGAGUGGCUCAGACUAUAAAACUUGAGAUGGGCAAAUUCAAAAUAAAAUACAAGGACGAGGAUAACGAGUGGAUGCGAAUGACCAUUGACUUUCAUGUUAAGCAACUUAUGGAUCUUUCAAGAUCAUCUGGUAAAAAUGUUAUUCGGUUGUCAGUAAUUGAUUUGUGAAUGUAUAAUUGAAUAAAUAGAUUUCUUAUGGUGUUGCCUGUUAUUAUGGAAAUUGUAAAUUACAACACUCUGAAUUAAUUGUGAUGUCUAUGUAAUAGCCUAAUAGGAGGUACUAUAGGCAUUUAUUUACUC